AUGACAACAAUCUCGAAAGACGCUCAGCAGAGCUCCUACNCCACCGUCAGGCUAUAUCCCUUGAGCAACUACACCUUCGGCACAAAAGAGACUCAACCAGAAGAAGACNCCUCAGUCCUCGCUCGCCUAAAGCGCUUGGAAGAACAUUACGAUGCAUACGGCAUGAGAAGAACCUGCGAAGGUAUCCUCGUAUGCCAUGAUCACAAUCACCCACACGUCCUCAUGCUACAAAUCGCAAACGCCUUCUUCAAGCUUCCUGGAGAUUAUCUCCCACACGACGCCGACGAGAUUGAGGGUUUCAAGAUUAGGCUGAAUGAAAGACUCGCUCCCUCAGGCAACCAGUUCUCCAACGACGGCCACGAAGGCGAAUGGGAGAUUGGCGAGACUCUUGCGCAGUGGUGGAGGCCCAACUUCGAGACCUUCAUCUACCCAAGAGCAAAGNUCUUGAGCGUACCAAAGAACAUGAAGCUGCUCGCCGUGCCCCUCUUCGAGCUCUACGAUAACGCUCAGCGCUACGGUCCUCAGCUCUCUGCCAUUCCUCAUCUACUCUCCCGCUACAAUUUCGAGUUCGUCGACGAGAAUGGAAAGGUCUCAGCCGUGACACCGGGAGGCAACCCGAACGAGGGCAGCGUGCCCAGGACAAAAGUGCUUGCAGGCGGCGACGAACCCGUGCAACAAGAGAACGGCGCUCAGCAGGACUCAAAGAUGAGUUAG